GCGCGCGCGCGCGCGCUCGCUCAGGGAACGGGAGACAGGGACGUGGGAAAGGCUCCUCUGCCACUCCCACUGCCCCACUCUACCAAGUGAUAUCCUACAAGAUACUUGAAAUAGAUGAUCUCAAAGCGAAGUAUAAGAGAGGGAGAGAGACGGAAGAUAUUGGUGAAAUGGAGAAAGAACGAGCAUGAAGAAGAAGUGAGCGUGGCUCGUGAAAUGAAGAGGGUAGUUAGCUAGAUUCUCUGAUUAUUUCCUUCUAUGUAGAAUUGGGCUGCGAGGAUUUAUUGAUCUGAAGUGGUGGUAUUAGAUGAGGAGUUUGUUGCCUUUCCAUGGCCAGGGGAAAGGGGGCUCAAAAGCUGUGGAGAGAGUGUUAGAGGGGAAGCAAGCUUUUUUGCGGGUGGAUAAGAGAUCAGAGUUAGGGAUUCACGACGGAGUGGUGGAACCAAGAUCGGUGCUUGAUCACAGGAGCCCCAGCCCUCCCACCUCCACAGCCACACUGUCUUCUUCCCUGGGCGGCUCCGGCUCAACUGACACCGCCGGAGUGGCGGCGGUCUCUGGCGACGCCACCGACAAAUGGGGCUUCUCUGUCUCCGCCGCCGAGGAGAGCGGCGGUGCGGGCUGGAAGGAGGAAUGGGCGGCUGAGCUGCAGGCCUUACCGGCUGGCCUCGACGUGGGCUUCGAUGCGGGCGGUGCAAAAUGCGGCCUUGGAGUCGACGACUGGGAGACGAUGCUAUCCCAGGAUUCCUUCGUCUCCCCCGUCCGCGAGCAGAGUUUUCUUGGUUGGAUCGUGGGCGACGGCGACGACCCUGCCUCAGCCCGUCUUAAGCAGCAUCUCCUCACUCAUGGUCUGCCAGAUUUCGAUGUAGAUAAUAGCGGCUUCGGAUUGGGGAUUCUCGACUCGGCCGGCGACGGAAGCAUUGAAGACGUUGGUGGCGGCUUUCCGUUCACGGGUAGUAACAGCUGGGUAUCGCCGCCCUCUAACCGCAUCGGCAUCAAGGGCACCACCGUUAAUAUCAUCCCCCAAAACGAUAGUCAGUUAAUCUCGCCGCCUCAUCCACCGUCGUGCAACUUCUCCUCGCCGUUCUCUUUUCCACCGGGCAUUUACUUACCGGAGCCCUUGGAUGACGAGCUGCAGCUAUUUGCCUCAAACUCUCUCUUAAACCAGCAACCAGCCACUCCGAAUCCGUCCUUCUUUUUCAGAGUAGGGCAGGCAGAGCUGCAACAGCUACCUCCCCUCCACUUCCCUACCCAACCGAAGUGCCACCUCCCCGUAGGGGACGAAUAUAUGACGAAGCUCCCUUUUCUUGCAUCUGGUGGUAGCUCGGACCUCUUCCAUCGGAGGCAACCGUACGAGAAGCAACAACAACUCCAGCAAAGUCCAGUGAAGCCGAAAUCGUCAAUUUUCGACGAUGAUGCGGCGACACCUGUAGCGGCGCAGCAGAAGCAGCUAGUCGACAUGCUUACCGAAGCUGCAAAGAUGGUUGAGGCUAGGAAUUUCGCUAUCGCGCACGGGAUAUUGGCGCGGCUCAAUCACCAGCUCCCCUCGCCAGUGGGGAAGCCCCUUAUCCGCUCUGCCUUCUACUUCAAGGAGGCACUGCAACAUAUACUCUGUAACAGCCCUAGUCUUGAUCACCAUCAGAAGAACCCAUUGUCUACUUGCCUGUUGGCGGAGCAAUUUGACAUUGUGCACAAGCUCAGUGCUUAUAAAACAUUCUCUGAGGUAUCUCCCAUCGUCAAAUUCAACAACUUCACCAGCAUUCAAGCCGUCCUGGAAGAGCUCGGUAGCUCUGACCGCCUCCACAUCGUGGACUUUGACAUUGGAGUUGGCGGACAAUGGUCUGCAUUCAUGCAGGAGCUAGCACAGCGACGCCUCUCUUCUGCAAAUCCAGUGCGAAUGCUGAAAAUAACAGUGCUUGUGCCCAAUUACGCCCAAAACAACCUUGAGCUCCACCUUGUUGGUGACAAUCUCACCCAUUUUGCGAGUGAUCUCAAUAUACCCUUUGAAUUCUACUUCCAAAGCCUGGAAUCAUUUGAUGCCUUGGGGCUCCAUGUUACCGGAGGCGAAGCUAUUGCUGUAAACCUCCCGGUGGGCUCUGGGAGCCUUCCCUUAACGUCCAUCCUUAGCCUUGUCAGGAAGCUUUCUCCGAAGAUUGUCGUAUCAGUUGACCAAGGUUGCGAUCGGAGUGACUUGCCAUUCUGGCAGCAUUUCCUCCGUACUUUUCAAUCCACCAUAGUGCUCAUGGAUUCCAUUGAUGCAUCUGGGACUAACCAAGAUAUGGCAGCCAAGAUGGAGAAGUUCCUGCUUCAGCCAAGGAUAGAAAGUUCUGUUCUUCGACGAUACCUUGCUCCUGACAAAAUACUUCCCUGGAGAACAAUUUUUACCACCUCAGGUUUUAUCCCUAUUCAACUCAGCAAUUUCAUGGAGACACAAGCUGACUGCCUUUUGAAGAGAGUGCAGGUGAGAGGGUUUCAUGUGGAGAAGCGUCAAGCCACACUUUACCUCUACUGGCAGCGCAAGGAACUCGUCUCAGUGUCUGCCUGGAGGUGCUGAAGGUAUAACUACCUGGUUACAGCCAUGUUAUCCUUGUGUCUGAUUCUUGAAUAUCUGUAGCAAAGUUGGCAAUUUAGGUAGCUCACUCUUGGUUUUAGAUGUUUUCAUUUCUGUUGUCUAGUUGGUUAUAUCAUCAUCACCUUUUGUUUAUGUUCAGGUAAUCAUAGAUGUAUUUGCUUUAAGCAAAACGACAUUGGAUCUGUUGGAGAUACAUGUGUUUGUUUCUACAAUGUCAAUGGGGUUUCUAAUGAUCAUGAC